AUGUCCGAGGGAACCCCCACUGGCAAGGCUAACGCCUGGACCGAAGAGGCCAAGAACGAGUUUCUUCUUCGAAUCAUCAUGCAGCUGAAGCCCGAGGGCAAGGGCAUCAACUGGUCCGAGGUCCAGAUGCCCGGCCGCACUGUCAAGUCCCUCCAGAACCAGUGGACUGCUGUCAACAAGAGAAUCGAUGCUCUCAGACAGCAGCAGCAGGAUGGCGAUGCCGCCGGAGUUCCUGUCAAGAAGGCUACUCCCCGCAAGCGCAAGGUCAACAAGAAGGUUGAGUCCGAGGACGAUGAUGAUGGCACCUAUGUCAGCACCAAGAAGUCCGGCUCUCGCAAGCGAAGCAACACCGAGACUCCUGAGCGUGCCGCCAAGGCCAUCAAGGCAGAGGCUGCCGAGCUUGAGGACUUCCACGUCAAGGAGGAGCCCGGCUUCGACGCCGACUCGGAGCAUGGCCAGGUCUAG